AUGGACAUCAAGACCUACAUUUCAGAUUCCCUUCUCCAACUCACUGGAGUUUCAGACCCUACAGUCGUCGAUUUCGUCCUUGCAACUGCUUCCAAAGCCAAGUCACAAGAGUCUCUGCGUGAGCAACUUGGGGUGUUCUUGGAUGGUGGAAAUGCAGACAUACAACCCUUUUGUACGCAGCUAUGGAGUCGUGUGAAUCCCUCGGGGCGCGAUAGCAAAUCUUCCAGGGACAAACCAAGCCUACAACAGCCGAAGAAGAAGUAUCGCAUGGUUGAAAUGGAGGAUGAGGUCGCCGAUAAUGAUCUUAACGUUAGCAAACCGCGAUCAAAGGAGUCAGGGUCUUCCAGGUCUCGAUCUACAGCAAAAAGUAGAAGUGAUGGAGGCAGUGAACACAAGAAAAGGGAUAGUCAUGCGGAACACAAUCGACCACGAAAACUUCGGCGAAUAGAUAAACACGAUUUCGAUAGCCGAUGGGGCGACGAAGAACCUUCUUCAGGCGAGGACGAAGCGGGUGAACAAUAUAUGUCUCCCCCAGAGAAUUCGCGGGAUAAAGUCAACAUUUCUCAUGAUGCCGAGGCUGAUGAACCCUCUGAGAAAGACGCCGAAACGGCUAGGGAGCGAGACAGGAGAGAGCGAGACGAGUUUGCUAAACGACUUAAUUCAAAGGAUGAUAAACGGUCCAAAAAAGUGGUUGAAGAUAGAUCAUCUAAGAAAGAUGGCGGAAUGGCCGCGCGAAGGGCACUUGCAGAGGAUUCGGCUGCCAGGGCUGCGGCAAUGCCAGACCUUCGACUACGUUCUCGACAGGACUAUCUCAAGAAGCGCGAGGCCGAACGCCUAGCUUUGCUGCGCAAACAGGUUGCAGAAGAGACAGCAGAACUUCGGGAAAAUCCUGACUUGACACGACAAGAGAAGGAAGAAUUUGCAAAGAAUAGGGAGGUUUUAAGGCUAGCCGAGGAACGGCUGCAAAUUGAUGACCAUCGAGAUGGUUAUUUCCUGCCUGAAGACUAUAUCACAGAAAAAGGCAAGAUAGACCAGAAACGAAAAAAAGAAGCACUUUAUAAGCGAUAUGUUGACCGUGACGAUCAUGGAAAGGAACGUUUCGUGACAGAGCAUGAAGAAUGGGAACUUGAGCAGACGGCAAAAGCUAAAGCGCAGGUCCAAAGGGCAGAGUUCGUUGAUGAAGGAGAUUACGAAUACGUUUUUGACGAUGCGCAAAAAGUGAAUUUCAUCAUGGAUUCGAAGAUGGCUGGUGACCGGAAACCCAUGACAAAGGACCAAAUGCUUUUACACAAACAAAUUGAUGCUGCUGAACAAAAGGCGAAGUCAAUCGAGGAAACUCGGAAAAGCCUGCCAAUUUACCAGUUCCGAGAACAGAUCCUAGAUGCAGUAGCCAACCAUCAGGUCUUGAUUAUUGUUGGUGAAACCGGUAGCGGAAAGACCACGCAAAUUCCCCAAUAUCUACAUGAAGCAGGAUAUACAAAGGGUGGCAUGAAAGUCGGCUGUACGCAACCACGACGUGUUGCCGCUAUGAGCGUUGCCGCGCGUGUGGCAGAAGAAGUAGGGGUCAAACUAGGGGAUGAAGUUGGAUAUUCGAUUCGAUUUGAAGAUACAACCUCUGACAAGACUGUUUUAAAGUAUAUGACUGAUGGUCGUUUACUACGUGAGCUACUUAUGGAGCCAGAUCUUGCUUCGUACUCCGCUCUGAUGAUUGAUGAAGCUCACGAACGUACUGUCCCUACUGAUAUUGCUUGCGGUCUUCUAAAAGACAUUGCCAAAGCCCGUCCAGAUUUGAAACUUCUUAUUUCAUCCGCUACAAUGGAUGCACAAAAGUUUCAAAAAUAUUUCGAUGAUGCCCCUAUUUUCAAUAUCCCUGGCCGGAGAUACCCUGUUGACAUUCAUUAUACUUCUCAGCCUGAGGCCAAUUAUCUGGCAGCGGCAAUCACAACUGUUUUCCAAAUUCAUAUCUCUCAGGGACCUGGUGAUAUAUUAGUGUUUUUGACAGGCCAGGAAGAAAUUGAAUCAGCGGAACAAAAUUUAUUGGAAACAGCCAGGAAGCUUGGGAAUAAAAUCAAAGAGUUGGUUGUUUGCCCGAUUUAUGCGAAUUUACCCUCUGAGCUCCAGACAAAGAUAUUCGAGCCUACCCCUCCAGGUGCCCGAAAGGUUGUCCUUGCUACAAAUAUUGCCGAGACAAGUUUAACAAUCGACGGGAUCGUAUACGUUAUUGAUCCAGGGUUCGUCAAGGAGAGCGUCUUCAAUCCUCGCACAGGAAUGGAAAGCCUUGUUGUCACGCCUUGCUCCAGGGCAUCUGCUGGCCAAAGAGCUGGUCGUGCUGGUCGUGUUGGCCCUGGAAAGUGCUUCCGUUUAUAUACCAAAUGGGCAUACUAUAAUGAACUCGAACAGAAUACCACGCCAGAGAUCCAGCGCACAAAUCUCAGCAGUGUAGUGCUCAUGUUAACUUCAUUAGGAAUAACUGACCUACUUGAUUUUGAUUUCAUGGAUCCACCUCCUGCUGAAACACUGAUUCGUGCUCUUGAGCAGCUUUAUGCAUUAGGGGCAUUGAACGACCACGGAGAACUUACAAAAGUUGGCCGUCAAAUGGCAGAGUUUCCAACCGACCCCAUGCUCUCCAAAUCAAUACUGGCAGCAGAUAAGUACGGCUGUGUUGAAGAGAUUCUAUCCAUCAUCGCCAUGCUGGGAGAGGCAAGUGCCCUUUUCUACAGGCCUAAAGAUAAGAAAAUUCAUGCAGACAGUGCUCGUGCUCGAUUCACUAUUAAAGACGGAGGUGACCACCUAACUCUUCUCAACAUCUGGAACCAAUGGGUAGAUGCUGAUUUCAGCUACGUCUGGGCGAGGGAGAACUUCCUCCAACAACGAAGCUUAACUCGUGCCCGUGAUGUCAGGGAUCAGCUUGCCAGAUUAUGUGAUCGUGUUGAAGUCACACUUAGCAGUGCGGGAGCAAGCAACCUACCUGUGAUCCAAAAAGCUGUGACGGCAGGCUUCUUCCCCAACGCUGCAAGACUUCAGCGUGGAGGGGACAGUUAUCGAACUGUCAAAAACGGCCAGACCGUCUAUCUCCACCCAUCAAGCACUCUAUUUGGAUCAGAUCCUAAAUGGGUUAUCUACUUCGAGCUAGUAUUAACCAGCAAAGAGUUCAUGCGUAGCAAUAUGCCGCUGCAACCGGAAUGUUAA